AUGGACUCAACAUCUCCACUGGACUGGAGAUACGUGCCCAGCAAAGGCAACCCUGCAGACGACGGAACACGUGGUUACAAAGCAUGUGACAUGACUACCGAUUCACGAUGGAUCAAAGGACCAGACUUCUUGUUAAGACCAUCAUCAGAUUGGCCUAAUCACCCGCCAACACAACCUACAGCCGAUAUUCAUCUGACAAACAACGACCCACAACCGCCAACAUCAGUAAUCGACUUCAACCGAUUUAGCACUUGGACAAGAGCACUCAGAGUUGCUUCAUAUGUUCUUCUCUUCGCAGAAAACAUCAAAAGGAAGACACGCCAGAGCCUCUCACUUCAACACCUCACCUUAAGAUUCGCAUGGAUCUGGAUCAUUAAACACUCACAGAAUCAAUCAUUCCCCAAGGAAAUAGCAUGCCUGACAAAGAAAUCUGACAUUCCACCGCGCAGCCCUCUACAACCUCUUUGCCCCUUCGUCGACAAUCACGGAUACUUACGUGCCAAAAGACGACUCGCAGAAAACUACCCAAUACAACUCUUCAUGAAGGAAACACACGAAAUAAAUUCCCAUUGUGGAAUGGAACACACCCGAAGCAUUCUUCAGCAGGACUUUUGGAUCAUAAGAUCACGCAAGCAUCUGAAGAAAACUAUUCGACAAUGCAUACCUUGCCGACGCCUUCGACAGGAACCAGUGAAGCCUCUGAUGGCAGAUCUACCCCUACAACGACUCCCUUUAUCGGAAAACAGUUACCCCUUCCACUCAACAGGAAUUGACUUCUUUGGACCCUUUGCCACGCGGAACAACGACGAGUACAGUAAGCGAUACGUUCUCUUCUUCACCUGCCUCGUCACGCGAGCAGUUCAUUCAGAAAUAUGCCAGCAAAUUGACACAAACUCAACUCUACAAGCCAUACGCCGUUUCAUCGCUAGACGCGGUAAACCCAGGAUCAUCUUCUCUGACAACGGAAAAGCCUUCGUUGCAGCUGACAAGGAAUUACAGGAAAGCUUUUCUGAGAUUCAACACAGCUACGACUUCAACAAUCAAUGCCAAUUACUUGAAAUAACCUGGAAGUUCAACCCACCUGCAGCUCCUCACUUUGGUGGAUUAUGGGAACGCCUCAUAAAAACAUUUAAGAUUGCCUUCUACAAAGUCAUUGGAACACGGACACUUGACGACGAAACUCUGUCAACCUUCACGUGCGAGGUUGAAGCUACGAUGAAUUCUCGCCCGCUAACCCACGUCUCAUCAGACCCAACCGACGACGAGCCCCUUACACGCAAUCACCUUCUACUAGGACGACCAGCAAACAAAUUGCCUCCCGGAUUGUUUCUCCCUCGCCACACAACGGACAAGAAAACUUGGAAACAAGCUCAAGCCUUGAGUCAACAGUUCUGGAACAGAUACCUCAAAGACUACUUGCCAAGCUUGACAACCCGAACGAAAUGGACAAAGCAAUUGGAAAAUCUUCAGCAAGGAGACCUUGUAUGGAUACUGGAAGACCUAACGCCUCGAGGUCUGUGGCCCCUGGGACGGGUACUUCGUACUUUCCCAGGUGCAGACGGAAUCGUUCGCUCCUGCGAAAUUAAAACUAGCAGGGGGAUUCUACACCGACCAGCAGUCAAACUCUCGCGAGUAAUGGACCACAGUAACAACUAG